GUGACAGGGUAGUGUUAGGAUUCAAACACAUCAGACCGUAGUAGAGAGCCACUGAACAAAUCCACUGAGAGAGAGACAGCAGUGUCCGCAAACUUUAAGGUGAGAGAAAACUAAGAGCUGAAGAGGCUGCGUUAGUAUUUCAGACUGCCUUGUCCUCCAGCAGUCAGAAGUGUGCGCGUGUCAGAUGAUUGCACCGCAGGUCAUCAGCUCACCCUUCCUGAAGCCUUUCUUUCUGAAGACACCGCUGAGCGUUGCCAGUUCUCGACGGCAGAGACGACACACGUUACCAGCCAGUGAGUUUCGUAAUCUCACCCCACAGGAUGCCAUUAGUGUGUUUGAGAUAGAGAGAGAAGCAUUCAUCUCUGUUUCUGGUGAAUGUCCACUCACCCUUGAUGAGGUGCUUAGUUUCCUGGGCCAUUGUCCUGAGCUUUCGUUGGGAUGGUUUGAAGAGGGCCAGCUGGUGGCUUUCAUCAUUGGAUCUGGCUGGGACAAAGAGAAACUACAACAGGAGGCCAUGACCACACACGUCCCAGGCUCUCCCACGGUACACAUCCACGUGUUGUCUGUGCACCGUCACUGUCGGCAGCAGGGCAAAGGCUCGAUCUUGCUUUGGCGCUAUCUGCAGUACCUGCGCUGUCUUCCCAGUCUCCGCCGAGCCCUGCUGGUCUGUGAGGAGUUCCUGGUGCCCUUCUACCAAAAAGCUGGUUUUAAGAAUAAGGGUCUCUCUGCCAUCAAUGUGCCGGCUUUGACCUUCACAGAGAUGGAGUAUCAGCUUGGAGGCCUGGCUUAUGCACGACGAAACAGCGGAUGUUAGUUUCUUUAGCUCAUUCAAUCCUGAUUCAGGACACCAAGCAUAGAUUCUGGACAGUUCUUGGGAAUCACAGACU